CACGUGGCUUACUAGCCUAGCGUGUAACGUGGUUCCAACUAAUAGUAGUAAACACAUGCACCCGAACUGGAAUCAUUUGUGCUAGACUCUGAUCGGGAAGGGGUUGGGAGUCCAAGACUGAAAAUUAGAGACGCUACUGGAAACUGACGACUACAAUGACGGCCAUCAACGCUCCCCGUGACAAGUACAAUGCAGUGUGGGUGAUAUUCUUCAUCAUGGGACUGGGAACCCUAUUGCCGUGGAACUUCUUCAUAACUGCAACCAUGUAUUUCACCAGUCGGCUGAAGGAGGGCGGAGCCAACUCGACGAACGCGACGACCACCGAGGUGGAGCGCAGCGUGCUGGAGGCCAAGUUCAGCAGCACGAUGACUCUGUGCGCCAUGGUGCCCCUGCUGAUCUUCACAUGCCUCAACUCCUUCAUUCACCAGAAGAUUCCCCAGAAACUACGGAUUGUGGGCAGUCUGUCGGUGAUUUUUGGGGUGUUCCUGAUCACGGCCACGCUGGUGAAGGUGGAGAUGGCCCCCAUCUCCUUUUUUUCCAUCACCAUGAUCUGCAUCAUAUGCAUCAACUCGUUCGGAGCCGUGCUGCAGGGCAGCCUCUUCGGGCUGGCGGGGCUCCUUCCUGCCUCGUACACCACGCCCAUCAUGAGCGGUCAGGGCCUUGCGGGGACAUUUGCCGCCAUCUCCAUGAUCUGCGCCCUCGCAAGUGGAUCAGAAUUGACGGACAGUGCCUUUGGGUAUUUCAUCACAGCCUGUGUGGUCAUCCUUCUGGCUAUAGCAUCUUACCUCACCCUGCCCAAACUGGAGUUUUUCCAGUAUUAUCUAGAGUGUGAUGGCUCCAAGCCUGCCAACGACGAGGAGAACAAGAUGGAUCUGUUGAAGAAAGAAAACCCAGUGGAGAUGAGGCCAGUCCUGAGCCUCACGGACGAGGACCACAGGCCGACUGUGUCCGUUUUCAACGUAUUCAGACAGAUAUGGGUAAUGGCCCUGUCUGUGUGCUUCAUAUUCGCCAUCACCAUCAGCACAUUCCCUACCCUGACAGUGGAGGUCACGUCCGUCGUAGCAGAUGGCGGACUAUGGACAACAUAUUUCAUCCCUGUGUCAUGCUUCUUGAUAUUCAACGUGAUGGACUGGGCCGGCAGGAGCCUGACUGCCGUGUGCAUGUGGCCAGGGAAGGAGAGUGUGCUGCUGCCUGUCCUGGUGGUGGCGCGUGUGGUCUUCGUGCCCCUCUUCAUGCUAUGUAAUGUACAGCCCAGGUACUACCUUCCUGUCCUCUUCGAGCACGACGCCUGGUACAUCCUCUUCAUGAUCCUCUUCGCCUUCAGCAACGGAUACCUCGCCAGCCUCUGCAUGUGCUUCGGGCCCAAGAAAGUGCCGCCGCAUGAAGCUGAGACAGCUGGAGCCGUAAUGGCGUUCUUCCUGUCUCUGGGUUUGGCUUUGGGAGCCGCACUGUCCUUCGGCAUCCGCGCCAUGGUCUAGCACAGGACCUCCCUUCCCUGAAGCCAUUGAGCACGGGGGGGACACAGGCGACCGCCCCGGCCUGCGGUUUUAAUUAGAACUUUGGUUUAUGUGUAGUCUGGCGGUGUUAACAAAUACCACCGUACAUUUCAACGUGGUCACAGAGCCUUUUCUUGUGUACGAGAAAAAAAAAAGACUGUUUUGGCAAUGCCUCGAUUCCGAGGAUCCUUAUACUUUAACUGUGUCGAAUUUAAAAAGAAACACUUAUGCUUGUAAGUUUUUAUCAGCUCAGCUACCUAUGUUACUGAUUUUGUGACUUCAUCAGUAUUAAGAGCCUGGUUGGGUGUGCUUCUCAUCGCCUAAGAGACCCGGACAUGCAUACCGUGAAAGGGUGGGUUACCAACAGCGCUUCUGCAGAAUCUCUCAGUUCAGAAUGAAUGUUUACAGUACAUUUGUCGGAAGGGUGUAUAAAUAAGCACCCAUUUCACUGCAUGAUGAGUUGGCAACAUGUACAGUAUAACUGUAUUCCACGCUUCCAAGAGUGGAAUCACUGGAUUGUAAUUAAGUGCUGAAUUGUGGUGCUGUUCUGAUCUGGGCCUCAUUGGACACAAUUUCCAGGGUUGGUAUGUAAAUGAUGACUUUUUCCUGAUAUGCUCUGUUGGUAUGUUUAAUAGCUUUCUAGUGCAGCUACAACAUACAGCCAUAUUUUUUCUCAAUUAGCAAUGUAGUGGAUAGUGUGUGUUGUGGGGAUUUGAUCUCCAGCGUCUUCCAUCCUAAUGUUGUGCCAUGUCAAAUUCCCAGGUUGUCAAAUAUGUUUUCUGGGUUCACCAUUUUAAAACCAGCACAGCACUGCUUGACAAAGAUAGAUGAAUUCUAUUUUUUGUAAACUGUACAAUUAGAGAUUAUUGACUUUGGCUACUGCAGUAGAGAUUAGAUACUAUUCCAUGAAAAAAAGACAUUGUCUUUAACAGCUUUGUUUUAAAUGUAUGUUUUUUAAAAUAGUUAUUUUUUUAAAUAUGGUAGUGUCUCUUCUUUGCUCUAAAUAUCUUGUUUGUAUUAUACAUUUAAAAGAGCGCACUGCCUAUACUUUGUGCACAUGUAAAAGCACAGCCUGCAGUGUGCAGCUUCAUACCUUCUUAUGGAAUAUUGUGGAAGGAGGACUGCAUUUCCCAGGUGACAUCAGUGUGGAGCUGGGGUGGGCGGGGGCUGAGGGUUGCUGGAGUGGGUUGACAUCACAUGCUGAGUGAGGAAAGUGCCAAACUUCACAGUUGUGAUAUGUACAAAAAAAUAAAACACUGCAUUUGUGCAACUAUUGUCUUUUGUUCUUUG